AUGGACCGACCUCUGUCACCAAACGAUCCUCAGUGGUCUCAAAAUAUUGCUGAGAAUCUUAUAUUACGCUCUACCUCACCAACACCAGCCCAAGCACCAAUCUCGGUAUCUCAACUUCCACGCGUCCUCGGCCCUCGACCAUUCCUACCCGAGCACACCUCCGAACCGCCAUUACACACAUCCCAACUACAAACACCUCAUUCACCAGAGCAAGAUUCCGUUCACCAAAGACCCUCUCAGUCAACUCUCCGUGACCCAAACGCCCCAGACCCUUCUCCUGGCUUGUGGGCCAACCGUCCCAAAGAUCUCGAACAGCCCUUGGAUUACACCCGACAAUACCCACAUGCAUAUGAACAAGACCAACUGUGGAACAGACGCCAAAAGGGAACGCCCUGGUGGUCAACCGACGAUGAAGACGGGUUUUAUUCUGUCGGCUGUCUCUUGUUUUUAUUUGGAUUUAUUUGUCCGCCUCUUUGGUGGAUAGGAUCAUUUUGGCCCAAACAUGCACGAGAACUGGGUGGUAAAAUGGCCGAACGUUGGCAGCGUCUCAAUCGAUGCAUGUCUAUUGGUUUCAGUAUCCUUUUGAUAAUCGCACUCAUUGUGCUUGGCGUAUUGGAAUCCAGAGAGAAACACUAA